AUGAGAGCUUUGCCUUUCAAGAACACUGCCUGACUCUGGGAGGAGGAGAAGCCCAGAUAUCUGGGGGGACCAGUGUCAUUCGAGGAUGUGGCUGUGGUUUUCACUGAAGCAGAGUGGAAAAGAAUGAGCCUUGAGCAGAGGAACCUAUACAGAGAAGAGAUGCUGGAAAAUGCCAGGAAUCUAGUCUCUCUAGCAGAGUCAAAACCAGCAGAAGUCCAUUUCUGGCUCUCCUGCCCCCUGGCCUUUGGCAGUCAGCAGUUCCUCAGCCAAGAUGAGCUACACAAUCAUCCUAUUCCAUGUUUCCAUGCAGGAAAUCAACUCUAACCAGGAGACCCCUGCCCAGGAGAUCAACAGCAGCAACAACGUUCGGAUGAAAACCACAGGGAGUCUGAAGCAGAAGCCCAAGGAAUGGAAGGAGGCCUAAUCUUGUUUUGGAGUACAAAUGAGAGGGAGAGGUCAGUGGUUUUCUAUAACACUCCAGUAAGCUCUCAGGGAGGCAACAGAAGAUUGGAGAUGUAACUCAGUCCAGCCCAGCAUGCAGGCUCUGAGGGUAGAGUUCCUGAGAGGGUAGAAAUCUCAGGAUUUGGAGGAGUCAUGUUUGGAGAGUGUGCACUAGAUUUUAGCCAGAAGUCAAACCUGCCAGACAUGAGGCAGUCACAGGGAAAAUCUGUGUGCAGGGAGUAUGGGCAAAGCUUUAGCAGGAAGUCACAUCUCCUCAGACAUUGGAGGACACACACAGGGGAAAAGCCUUAUGUCAACGGGAAUUGUGGGCACACCUUUAUAGAUAAGUCAGUCCUCCACAACUACCAGAGUACACACUCAGGGAAGAAGCCUUAUGUGUGCAGAGAGUGUGGGUGUAGCCUUGACUGAAAGUCACACCUCAUCAGACAUCAGAGGACACACACACAAGAGAGGCCAUUUAUGUGCACGGUGUGUAUGGGGACUAGUGAAAAAUCAGACCUCAUCAAGCACCAGAGGAUUCACACAGGGGAUAAGUCUUAUGUGUGCAGGAACUGUGGUUGA